AUGGGUGGCUCUGUUACAGAGGUCGAUCUCCAUGAUCUGCUUUCGAGGCGCCUCACAGUGCAAUGUAUGACACUUGAUAUCAGUUCCGACGGCAACGCCGUUUACAAGCCCAUCUUCGCCGCAACAAACGCCACAACUGCUACGACGACAGCAACAGCAGCAACAGCAACAUCACCGACUUACCAGCUUGAUGGUGGAAGUGGUAGUGGUGGGGCUGUGAAUGUGAAUGUGAAUAUGGGGAGUAUGACUGGCAGCGAGCAAGCUAAGAGGAAAAGAGGGAGACCCAGAAAGUAUGGCCCAGAUGGCUCUAUGGCUUUGGGUCUCACUCCUACGGCUCAGCCCGUACCUGUAGCUCAGACUCAGUCAAGUGGUGGAGGUGGGUUUUCAUCUCCUCAUCCAGCUCCAACUCCUCCCUCGGCUCCAACAUCGCUUCCUUCUGGAGGAUCAGCGCCACCCACUUCGUUCAAGAAAGCUAGGGGCAGACCGCCUGGUUCUAGUAGCAAGAAGCACCAAUUGGAAGCUUUGGGUACUUAA